AUGUUAAUUUAUUGGUUUUUUGUUAAAAAUAACCCUUGUUAUUGUCAUUCAUAAUGGGCUUAAUGUUUACUUAUAUUGGGUUGUUAUAUUGGGCUUAUUGUUUUCUGUUAGUAAGUUGUUGUAACAGAUUGUAAGCAGUUGGAACUGUGAGGGGUGAAAUGUAAAUGUUGAAGGGCUGCUAUUAUCUCUGGUCAUAGAUCUGGGCUGAAGUGUAACUUAUGAUUGAGCUGGAUAUAAAAGCUAGAAGACCUUCUGGAUCAUUCAUUCACCGCUUCACUUUUACACAUACUCUCUCUGUUGUUUCUGUAAUUAGGGUUUCCUCUUUGUGUUAGAUCAGUGCUGAUAUCUCUCAUUUGUGUUAGAGAGAUUGUACUUCUGGUAUUGAUGAUCAUCAGUGGAUGAUCAUCAGGUGUUAUUGUUGUAUUUUGUACUGAUCGUUGAUCUUACAGUUUGUAAGAUCUUUGGGUAUUUGGGGGGAACUGUUUUGGGUUGGAUAAAUAAGAUUUUGUCACCGUUUUCGUCGCUAUUUCUUGUGUUUGUUCAUUGUUAUUGUUCAUACCAUUGUUUUAACAUGGUAUCAGAGCCUCGUGGCUCUUGAUUUCUGGAUCUGUGCUUGAUUUCUGAUUUUGUUUGUUCCGCCGUGUGUUCUUUAGGUUCUGGUGAUUUCUGUUUGAUGUUUUUGUGUUCCUCACUACUUGAGGAAGUUGUAGAUCUGGACUUUUGAAAGGUUGCUGUUACGGAUCUGGUUCGUUGAAAACCCUAGUUAGGGUUUGGAGGAUCUGGUGGUUGACUUCUCAUCUUCUGGUGCUUCUUUACAUAAUGUGUUGGUCUCUGAAACCCUAGAAGGCCUCAGGGAAAACUGACCAGUGUGUAUUGUGGUUCUAGCUGCUUGAUCUGUGAUCUGUAAUCCUAGAAGGUUACAAUCUCAGAUCUAUUUGGAGGGAGUUAAACGCUCUUUGUAAGAUCGUUCUUUACCUUUCUCUGGAUUAUUUUUCUUGUUGUUGUUGAUUAGUUGAUGCCGGGGUAGUGAGGACCCGUUAUAUUGAUUGAUACAGUUGAUACCGGGGUAAUCAGGAACGGUUUGUCUGUUCUUGUUUGUUCUUGUGAUUACUUUAUGUUUGUCUACACUUGUAUUGUACUUGUUCUGUUUUUCUUGAGUAUAGUGUAUGUAGUAGUUUGUUGUGGCUCCUGAGUAAAGGCUUGUCCAGGCACCACAGAGUGACGAACCUGGAAUCUGGUCCCUGACUCAGCUUCGCCUUAGGGUUUGUUUUCUUUUGUGAUCUGUUAUUUGUUGAUAACCUGUGUUCUCUGUUUGAUCUGUGUUUUGUAAUCUGUUGUGUGAUUUACUUGUCUAUUUGUGUUAUAUGGGUGAUAUUCGUAGUUCGUCUGUUACUCUUAUUAGCAAAUUAGAUAUAGGAAAUCCUCUUUAUCUGCAUCCUAGUGACUCAAGUUCUUUAACCAUAGUUAGUAUAAAACUUAAGGGCACUGAGAAUUAUGCUGUCUGGUCUAGUGCAAUGAAACUUGCACUAGAAGCUAAAAAUAAGUAUGGCUUUAUUGAUGGUAAAUAUGAAAAACUUGCUGAUGAUCAUGUCUUAGCUGCCCAAUGGGAUAGAUGCAACUUUGUGGUCUUAACUUGGUUAUUAAAUUCUGUGUCUGAAGAGUUGUUCUUAGGUCAAGUCUUUUUCAAACUUGCCUCAGAAGUUUGGACAAACUUGAAAGAAACAUAUGAUAAGGUAGAUGGUUCUGUUGUCUAUGACUUAUAUAAACGAAUUAACUGUAUUUCACAAAGUAGUAGUUCUGUGGCUGAAUAUUAUAACAAGUUGACAACAAUGUGGAAGCAGUUUGAUGCGAUGGUGCAUCUGCCUUCACGUUCUUGUCAAGCAGCCGAAGACUACAAUGAUUUUUCAACUUUAAUAAAACUGAUGCAGUUUCUCAUGGGUCUUGAUGAUGUGUAUCAACCUGUGAGAACAAACUUGCUGACAAGAGAACCAUUUCCUUCAGUCAAAGCUACUUGUGCUUUGAUUUCUAGAGAAGAGUCACAUAGACUUUCUAGUGGUGGGUCAAAGGGUCAGUCUGUGUCUUUUGUGUCUAAGUCAAACCAGUCUAAUCAAAACUUUGACCCUAGAAGGAGAAAUUUUAGGGGACCUAAUCCAAAUUUAAAAUGUACUAAUUGAAAUAUGUUAGGUCAUACUGUUGAUCGGUGUUUUGAGUUAAUUGGUUAUCCUCCUUGUAUGAAAAAGAGAACUAGUGGGUCAUUUGCUAGGAAUAAUAGUGGUAAUGAUUCUAAUAAGUCUGGUAUGUCAUCUGGUCCUUCUAGUUCUGUUGUGUUUGCUUUACCUUUUACUCCUGAGCAGAUUACAAAGUUGAUAAGUUUAGCUGGUGAUAAGUCUGAGGGAGAUCAGGGGAAGUCUAAUAUGGGAGAUUUAGGAGCCCAUUAAAAGCUAUUUGCACUUGCUGAUUGUUAUACGGCUGAGAUUAAAAUUAUAAUUUGCUCAGGUAAAUACUUUUAACUUAUUUUCCGUUAUACGGGCUUGGGAUACAGUAUUAUAAU